AUGGAAACUUUUACAGAACACGACUCACUAUUGGAACAUCAACCCACUUCUCAAACUACUCAGAGGCCAGAAACCAACAUUAAACCGGAGACUGAAACUCGUGAUUUUCAAGACCCAAAUUUUGAUGAUCCACUGAAUUACUACGCAGUGUUGGGUGUUCCUCGCGAAGCAAGUCCAGAGUUAAUAAAACGAGCGUAUCGUAAACACGCUUUGAAAUUCCAUCCCGAUAAAAACCACAGUCCAAACGCCGAAGGGGAUUUUAACACAAUCAAAAACGCGUAUGAAGUUCUUUCUGACGAACAAAAGAAACGGAUGUAUGACUCCUUCGGCGCAGAGGGUGCACAAUAUGCUCAGUACAUUUGGAUGAUCAAACCAUUUGUCUAUAUUCUCUGCUGUAUUUUAGGCUUCUUCAUAGCAGUUGCUGCUCUAUUAUAUGACACAUGGCUUGUACUCACAAUCACCAACUUAGAGAAGGAAUUACAUUGGAAAAUUUCUGCAGUCAACGUGCCCUUAUACAUCUUGCUCUUCUUUUACAUGUUAAAUCUCCCCAACACACGUUUGGGGAAGGUGUUUGGUCUCAUCGAAUUUUGCACGGGGUACCUGGGCCUCAUUUUGUUCUUUGUGCGUGUUGAUUGCAAUAAAGGUGAUUAUCACUUGUGGUUGAUCCCUGCGUACAUUGCGUGUUUAUUUAGACUGUUAAAAAUGCUCCGAGAAGACUUAGGAGACUAUGUUGGGCAAGGAGAGAAUGGAGAAGUAAUUAACAUUCCUCGAAAAAAGCGUGUGGUGUUGCUGAAUGGUGUAUUAGAUCUUCUCGAGAAUGUAACUUUUAUUGGGUUGAUUGUCAGUAUUGGUGUUAGUGGUAACGAGAAAGAUUAUAUGUACGCAAUGAUAUUCUUUGCACUGUAUUUAGUCUUCAGAGUGGUGAGAUCAGCACUUUUGGAUCUUCACUUCUCGCGUAUUAAAUUGGUCUAUGAAAUUGUUGUUUGUCUGUUUUAUGCGGCUCAAGGCAUUAUGUUGGGUUCGGAUGUUGGAGUUCGAUGUUACAAAUAUUCCUAUGCUAUUGCGUUCAUCCCCGCACUUUUAUAUGGAGUUAUUAUCACUGCCAUUCCUCUCAUUGUGUGUCCACUUAUUUGUUGCUUCUUACCACCUCUUCUCGAGAAAGUGUUUGGAAGUGAUGAUCCAAACACACAACACAGAGAACCAGAGAAUCAACACACAAGUCAGCAACCAAGUCAGCAGUACCAAAACACUACUGCUUUACUGAAUUAA